AUGGAAUCGACCGCUGAUACCAACAACGAUGCGGCUUUUGCUGCUGCGUUUGGUGGUCAAGAUUCUGACAUGGGAAAUUCUGGUGCGAUGGACAACGCAUGUCGCAACUGUGGUCAAGAGGGCCACUUUGCCCGUGAGUGUCCGGAACCACGCAAGAUGGGAGCUUGCUUCAACUGCGGCGAGGAGGGUCAUUCCAAGGCAGAAUGCACCGCACCACGCAAGUUCAAGGGUGAAUGUCGCAACUGUGGUGAAGAAGGUCAUAUGAUCUCUGAUUGCCCAACCUAUGUCGAGAAAUGCAAGAACUGCCAGCAGGAAGGUCACAAUGCUAUUGACUGCAAGAACCCAAUGAUGAUGGACCGUCAUGGAGUUGCCGACAUGUCUGAGGCCGAGGCAUGGGAUUUGCUCAAACAGGCCAGCAACGAGAGAGACAUCGGCGACUUCAAGGAAGCUGUUCAAAUCCUGACCAAGGUUGCUCCUGACUACACCUACCCUCGCCUUGAGAAGGAGUUUCGCGAUCGGGGUUUCAACAUCUAUCUCAUCGCUCUGGAGAAGGACACUGGUGAAACCUGGACCAAUGUCAACAUCCAAGGCGAGACCGGUAAGAAGUACGUUGUCAGCUACUUCAAAUCCGACAAACCUCAGCGUCCCACCUUGGCCAACAAAUGGCCUGCUUCACCGGAAGAGAACAUGGAUCGCCUGGCCAAUGCUGGCAUUCCCCUCGAUCGUGGUGUUGACCUAUGUCGCAAUUGCGAGAAGGUAGGCCACAAGACCAAGGAUUGCCCCGAGGAGAAGAUGGUCAGAGAGCAACUCAUUGUCACUUGCUAUCUCUGCGGAGAACAAGGACAUCGUGUUCGCGACUGCACUCAGGAGCGCAAGAAACCUGGCCGAGCCUGUCGAAUCUGCGAAGCCGAAGAUCACAUUGCCAAGGAUUGCCCCAAUCGCGAGAAGCAAACUUGCCGCAACUGUGGUGCAGAAGAUCACAUGGCUAGGGAAUGUCCUGAUCGCGAGAAGCGUACCUGCCGAAAGUGCGGCGAAGAGGAUCACAUCGCCAGAGAAUGCCCUAAUGCUCCCAAGCAAACCUGCAACAUCUGCGAUGCCGAGGAUCACUUCGCUAAAGACUGCCCCAAGAAAGGCGAGCCGGGACUUCGUCCUCGUAGAGAUUGGAGCCAGGUCGUUUGCAGCCUCUGCGAGCAGAAAGGCCACGGUCGUGCCAGAUGUCCUCAAGCGGAGGGAACAGCAGCCGCUAAUGGAGAGACCGCGACCAAUGGUAAUGCUGGAGCCGGUGCUGGAUGGGAAAUUGCCGAGACUGCCACUGCCGGAUCUGCACAAGGAGGUUGGGAACAAACUGGCGAGUCUCAUGCUGCUCCAGCACCUACUGGCGGUUUUGCCUGGUAA